UGUUUUGCGAUUAAUAACCACCCUUACCAUAGGAGCGGUGAUUGUUGGCAUUCUGCAUUAAUGGAUUCAUCUGUUUCUUUCAACUUCCAACGUGUAUCGUAAGAUGCGUCGCACUCUCCCCGAGCCGUCGCCGGUUCACAUCGCAACCCAGUAUCAUACACUGUAGUCCGGCGUACUCCAGCCAUUUCCCUGAAGGCUCACGAGGCCGGCGUCCCAUAUUCCCACUUCUUCCCCUACCCAGAAUUGUCACCAUGGCCAGCUCCAGCACAAACCUCACCGGUGCUGCGCGCGCGGUGGAGCUGCUAAAGAUCGACGCCUACAGCGCGAGCACCACCAUGGGCAGAGACGGCUGCAUCAAGUCUAGAUGGAACGUCGGUGGAUGCGAUUGGGACAUUCAUCUUUAUCCUGCAACGUCCAAGUUCGGGAUUGGGUAUGGCGAGCCAUUGUUUCCCAACCCCGAACUUAUUUUUGAAAGGUUGGAAUGGGGACAUUCAACAAGGUGGGUUGCUCUGGACCUUGUCUUCCUCGGCGAACCCCGGCCGAGGAGCGAUCCGAUCAGGGCCACUUUUGCCUGCCGGCUCGUUGAUCAGAGCGGAGUUCUUCAACCAUCCCAAGAGAGGAGCGUCUCGAGGGAAUUCAACCGCCCUUGUGCUUGCUCGGCUCCAGUCGUGCUCAUGGAGAGGUAUGACCUGCCAGAGUCUGGUUAUCUCAUCGGUGAUUCUUUGGCUGUGGAAUGCAGCAUCACGGUGCUCAAGGAGUUACCUGUACCGACUAUCCCGGCAAUAAAAGUGAUCCCGCCACUUCCACCAACCAAUUUGCACCAACACUUCAGUGAACUCCUGCAGAGUGGAACCGGGGCGGAUGUCUUGUUUAUCGUGUCCGGCGAAUCUUUUGCAGCGCACAAGCUAAUACUCUCUGCAAGGUCUCCGGUAUUCAUGGCAGAGUUCUUUGGAGAGAUGAAGGAGAACUCCUCGUGGCUCGUCGAGCUCGAGUACAUGGAGGCGGCAGUGUUCAAGGCGCUGCUUCAUUUCAUCUACACCGAUACCGUGCCUGAGCUCGACCAGGAGCUGGAAGCUGUGGUGACGUUGGCUCAGCAUCUUCUUGCAGCCGCUGACAGGUACGGAAUGGAGAGGCUCAAACUGAUUUGCGAAAUAAAGCUCUGCGGAGGCAUAAUUGUCGAUGCAAGCCCCAUUGUCGAUACGGCGGCAACGACUUUGGUCUUAGCCGAGCAGCACAAUUGCUCGCAACUCAAGGCCAAAUGUGUUGAGUUCAUCGUCAGCACUCUUGCGAUCCUUAAUGCGGUCUUCGCAACGGAGGGGUAUGAGCACCUCGCAGCAAGCUGCCCUUUGGUGCUGGCCGAUCUUGUCAAGAGUCUGUCCAUGGGAGAAAGUGUUGAUGCGUAGCAGGUCCAAGAGUUCUGAGAUUUGAGGAUGAUUUAGUUUCUACUAUUUCUGUUUGUCAUUCAUAUGGUCUAGUAGAAACUUGUGUUGGUCCCUCCCUAAGAAGGAAUGGCGAUGCCCAUCUAAAUGUAAUCAG